UUCUUUCCCUUUUCACAUUUCAAGUUAGUAUAGCGGGAAUUUAGUGUAUCGAACUGUCUUUAAUUGAAACUUUUGUGUACAUGAAGUUAGAAUUUUUAACAAACUUUUGUUAGAUUAAAAUGGUGCAUAGAUUAGUUUACAUGCGCACAUUUCGACUAUUUUAUCAAUAAUAUACAUGUUAUUUUCUAUCCGCAUAAGUAUAUCGAGUGAUUCUGUCCAUAAAAUUUUACGAGUUUUGUAGUAUGAAGGAGAGUGGUGGUAGAAAACAAGGUGCAACUUCUCCAUGUGCAGCUUGUAAAUUGUUAAGGAGAAGAUGUACACAACAUUGUGUUUUUUCACCUUAUUUUCCAGGUGAUGAACCACACAAGUUUGCAAGUGUUCAUAAAGUAUUUGGAGCUAGCAAUGUAAACAAGAUGCUUCAGGAAUUGCAAGAAUAUCAACGAGGAGAUGCAGUGAGUUCAAUGGUGUAUGAGGCAAAUGCAAGAAUGAAAGAUCCAAUUUACGGUUGUGUUGGAACUAUUUCAUCUUUACAACACCAAAUUGAAUUUCUACACAAACAAUUAGCAAUUGCACAAGCUGAGCUAGUCCACAUGAAGAUGAAACAAUUCUCAUCCAUGUCCGGUGGCGCCGGCACCGCCACGAACUUGCUGGGAAACGUGUGGUCACCGCCAUCUCGACCCUUGUCGUCAGAGGUCUAUUCAGGAUUUGAAGUUUAUGGCUUCCUACAACAACCUCAAAUUAAUAUAUUAUAGUCCACAAUCAUAGAUUUUUCUUAAUACAUGUAUAAGGCUUGAAUAUAAUUUACUAUGUUUACGUGAAUCUGUAGUUAACAAGCCAAUAUUGAGGUGCCAUUAUAUUGUGGUAGUA